AAAAUCAGGAGAUCGGCUCCAAAAUCCCCAACUAAAACCUCUGCCCUCUUCUUCGUCGUCGUCGUCGUCGUCGUUUCUCUUUCUCUCGAUCCCCAUUCGAGAUGGAGAUGAGCAUCCCUCCCAAAUCCUUCAAUACCAUCUCCAUGCCUCGGUUCAUCUCUUCUGUACUUGUGAUUCUACUCCUCCUCACUGUUGAGGUUCGUGCUUCUCCGUUUGGACGGAAGAGUGGCAAGUCGUCAGUGUUCUCUUUGUUCAAUCUUAAGGCAAAGAGUAAAUUUUGGAGCGAAUCGGUUAUUCGUGGAGAUUUUGAUGAUUUGGAGGGAUCGCUGGAUCCUGGUAAAACUGGGGUUUACAAUUUCACGAAAGCAGGCAAUAUUGCGAACUAUUUGAAUCUGGCAGAGGUGGAUUCCAUGUAUUUGUCUGUUCCAGUCAACUUCAUAUUUAUAGGUUUUGAAGGAAAAGGAAAUCAUGAGUUCAACUUGAGUCCUGAAGAACUUGAGAAAUGGUUUACCAACAUAGAUCACAUCUUUGAGCAUACACGAGUUCCUCAUGUCGGGGAGGUUCUCACCCCAUUCUAUAAGAUAAGCAUUGAUAAAGUUCAACACCAUCAUCUUCCUCUUAUCAGCCACAUAAAUUACAAUUUCUCUGUUCAUGCUAUACAUAUGGGGGAAAAGGUUACUGAAGUUUUUGAAUUUGCCAUAAAAACUUUAUCUCGUAAGGAUGGCAUAUCUGAUUCUAGGGUAGAUGAAGAUGUUUUUUGGCAAGUUGAUGUUGACGGGAUGGAAUACCUUUUCUCAACUCUUAUUGAUUAUCUUCAGCUUGAAAAUGCAUACAACAUUUUUAUACUAAACCCCAAGCGCAAUGCUAGAAGAAGUCAUUAUGGCUAUCGGAGAGGCUUGUCUGAUUCAGAGAUAAAUUUUCUUAAGGAGAAUAAGACUAUGCAAACAGAAAUAUUGCGAUCACAAGAUGUGGCAGGUAGCACCUUCGAAAUUGACAAGGGAAAAAGUUCAAAGUCUUUGUUUGCAAACCGCCAUCCAUCAACUUUUGCAUGGAGUACAACUGAAGAAAUUGAUACUAUGGACUGGUCAAUUAAAUGUUUAGAUGCUUUGAAUAAAUUUGAGAAAUCAAACGAAGGCAAGGAUAAUGCAGAAAUUAUUCAUAACAAAGUUCUUCAGAUUUGGCAUGGAAAAAAGAAUGAUAUGCAGCAUAUUUUGAAAAAAGAGCUAAAAUCAGGGGAGCUAGCUGGUUUGCACCCUGAGUGUCUCACAGAUACAUGGAUUGGCUCAGAGAGGUGGGCAUUUAUUGAUUUGACUGCAGGACCAUUUUCUUGGGGUCCUGCUGUUGGUGGAGAAGGUGUCCGCACAGGAAAUAGUUUACCAAAUGUCAUGAAAACGAUUGGUGCAGUUGCAGAAAUUUCUGAAGAUGAAGCUGAAGAUAAACUUCAAGAUGCAAUUCGUGAAAGAUUUUCAUCAUUUGGAGAUGAUCACCAAGCCAUUGAUAUUCUUUUGGCAGAGAUUGAUAUCUAUGAACUUUUUGCUUUUAAACACUGCAAGGGAAGGAAAGUCAAGCUUGCCCUUUGUGAAGAACUUGAUGAGAGAAUGAGUGAUUUGAAAACUGAGUUGGAAGGGUACAAAGGUGAGGAGCAUGAUGAAAGCAAUAAGAAGAAAGCUUUUGAUGCAUUGAAGCGAAUGGAGAAUUGGAAUUUGUUUAGUGAUACAAUUGAGGAAUUUCAAAGUUACACUGUUGCACGUGAUUCAUUUCUUGCUCAUCUUGGUUCUACAUUAUGGGGAUCUAUGAGGCAUAUAAUUGCUCCCUCUGUGGCUGAUGGAGCAUAUCACUACUAUGAGAAGAUAUCAUUUCAGUUAUUUUUUGUCACACAGGAGAAAGUCAUUGAUAAAAAGAGGUGGCCUGUGAACAUAGGGGCUCUGACUGAUGGGUUAUCUUCUCUGCUAGGACCAUCUCAAAAAGUCAUGUUUCAUCCACAGUGGCUUUCACUCUCUGAAGACAAUGCUCUUAUGAUGGCCUUCGCGGUGGCACGGCGUGCAGCUGCAGUCCCACUUUUACUUGUUAAUGGUACUUACAGAUCAACUGUUCGUGCCUAUUUGGAUUCCUCCAUUCUCCAGCAUCAGCUGCAGAGAUUGACUGAUCAAGGCUCACUCAAGGGAAGUCAUUUCAAUACUAGGUCCACUCUAGAAAUUCCAAUUUUCUGGUUCAUACACAAUGAACCACUGCUGGUGGACAAGCAUUAUCAGGCAAGGGCACUUUCUGAUAUGGUCAUUGUUGUUCAGUCUGAGACACCCUCUUGGGAAAGCCACUUGCAGUGCAAUGGGAGAUCUCUUUUGUGGGACUUGAGGAAUCCCACUAAAGCUGCCAUAGCUGCUACUGCUGAACAUCUAGCUGGGUUACUUCCUCUUCACCUGGUAUACAGUCAUGCCCAUGAAACUGCUGUUGAGGACUGGACGUGGUCUGUAGGUUGCAAUCCUUUGUCAGUUACUUCUCAAGGCUGGCAAAUUUCUCAUUUCCAGUCUGAUGUGAUAGCUCGAAGUUAUAUCAUCACUGCUUUGGAGGAGUCCAUACAAGCUGUUAAUGCAGCUAUCAAUCGGCUAGUUAUGGAGCGCACAACUGCACGAGGUUUUAAACUAUUCAAAUCUCAAGAACGCGCAUUGGUAGAAAAGCAUAAUUCAAUCAUUAGCUUAUGGAGAAGAAUUUCUAGUAUUUCUGGUUCGCUGCAUUAUGGUGAUGCUCUAAAUCUUCUAACUUUUCUCGAGGAGACUACAAAAGGAUAUACCGAUUUGGUGAACUCCACUAUUUCUGCUUUGCAUCCGCUUCAAUGCACCAAGGAGAGGAAAGUUGAUGUACAAUUUGAUCUAACUACGAUCCCUGCAUUCUUGGUUGUCUUUGCCAUUCUUUGGUUUGUGUUGAGACCCAGACGGGCCAAACCGAAGAUAAAUUGAGGCUCCAAGGAGCAAUCUGGACGUGUAUUAGUACAACUUGAGAUACCAUGGGAGCCUGCCCCUCCUACAGACAAAUUUUAGAGCAUCCGCUGAUGACUGAGCUACCCAUUUUGUAAGGGUUGUGAAAGAAGAUUUAACAAAUAUAACCCAAUGUCGGGAAAUUUAUUGUAUUUUGUAGUCUCUGAACUCUGAAAUUUUAUCACAAUGAUUAUGUCAAAGGUGUCUUUUUAAUUGCUAUACACUAUAAUUGGACUUUAGUAAAUAGGCCUCUUAAAUUA